GCAAUGUUUUGAGUCCUAUGGGCCAGAUUAAGUAAAUAGAGGGGGGUUUUACAAUCGAACAAUGGCUUCAAUUCUUCAACUGUGCGUGAAAUUCCCUAUACCAAGGGGUGAAUUUGCCCAUAGUUCUGAUUUUAGUCGGGCGCCGCUUAGAUCACGAAAAUCUUGACCUGUAGUUUGCGCGCGGUCUGUGCGUUUAUAUGUCUGUGGGAACUGCGGAACGAGCUAGCUGAAAAGGGUGGUUUGGAUCAUGCCUGACUGCACACUCACUUCUUUGCAUGCUUACGACAGUUGUGCUUACCAAGCCUCCGUCAUGUCCAUGACAUGACGAUACAUGUACAUGUACAUGUAUUACCAUCCUGACCGCGCGUUCCGUUCACACUGCACUGCUGACUGUGGUUGUACAUGUGCAGUGUCGUGUUCAACUUCAAGGUGAUGUUUGGACACCAGUCUUCAUUACAGUAACGACUCAGCGUAACGUAACAGGGAGUCCACUGGCAUGAGACGUUACAUGCCCAAAACUUAGCUUUCACUGUCCAAUUCACCACAGUUGGUGAUGUUUCCGCCUCGGAGGGUGUUGCGGAGCAUUAGGUGGUUACUUGCCUCCGUUGUGCUUGUGGUGCUGAUCCUAUUGAGUGGACUGCUGUUUUUCGGCAAUGGCUCGCGGCCUGCGCCAGUCAGUGUCAUCAACAGAAAGCACGAUGACCACUCUCUAAUCAUCCAGGUCACUGAGUCACCAAAUGGACCUGCCAACCCUGUCAGCAAUAAAAGUGACCUGCGGCCCAUCAUCGGAUCGAAGUCAUCGAUUUUUGGACCUGCCAACCCCGUCAGCAGUGAAAGUGACCUGCGACCCGUCGUCGGAUCGACAGAGUUAUCGAUUGGACCUGCCAUCCCUGUCAGCAAUAGAAAUGACCGCCGGCCCGUCAUCGGAUCGAAAAUGUCACUACACGUGCAUGAAGCUGCACUUGAGCACACCAUCAAAAAGCCGUUAUCUGAAUGUCCGAAGCUGGAGAACAUACCUGGUCUAGUGGAGGAUCGGCCGAUGAAUCUGAUGAGUGGCCUGCCGAUGGACGAGCUAGAGAGAUUUUUCUUUCCUGGCCAUCCAGAGUUGAUCCGGGAGAUUGUAUCGAUCAGCAACCACGACUUGCCAGGCCUGAGAGGGGCUGGAGUGCACACCCCAGAAGGGUCGUCAUCGGCAGGCUCUGUCCACCUCAUCGACGGUUUGUCUCCCAGAGCUGUCCAGAAUGGGGACUACCGUUAUCUACCAGGAGGACACUGGAGGCCAGCUGACUGCAUACCAAGAUGGAAGGUCGCCAUUGUUGUGCCUUACAGAAACCGCACCAUUCAGCUAUCACUGUUCUUGCGGUACAUGAUUCCGUUUCUGCAAAAACAACGCCUGGAAUUCGCUAUCUACAUCGUGAACCAGGCGAACAAUAAUGCCUUCAACCGUGGAAUGCUGCUCAACGUGGGCUACCUGGAAGCCCUGAAAUUCACCCAGUGGGACUGUUUCAUCUUCCACGAUGUUGACCACCUCCCACAAAGUGAGUUCAACUACUACGGAUGUGUGGACCUCCCUCGUCAUUUCAUCAGUGGAGCUGACAACCGGAAUUACAGGGUUCCUUACUCGACAUCCUUCGGCGGUGUGAACGGCUUUACGACAGCGCAGUUCAGGCAGAUCAACGGGUUAGGUAAUGUCUACCAGGGCUGGUGUUGCGAGGACGACGACCUUGAGCUUAGAACCCGAAUGGCGGGCCUGAAAAAACCCCGCCGCCUAGGCAAAGUGGGGUAUUACAAGGCUAUCAGCCUGAACCACGACAAAAUCAAGACGCGACUGGGUGAACUCGAAAAAGCCAAUCGACAGUUUUUAAGGAAAGCACAAAGCCGAUUCAAGACUGAUGGGUUGAACAACCUGAUGUAUAAGUUGCCUCAGUUGGAGCUUCACACGUUAUACACAAACAUCUCAGUGGACAUACAGCCUAUGAAGUGAAUUGAGAUCCAUUUGACAUGUCUACUGUCAAUCAUGAAUCAGAACGCGUUGACCACGUUGGUCAGUAGACACUGUAUAUAUGCAAAAUCAAAUGUUGGAAAAUAUUCUAUUUGUAUGCAGACCAGAAUGGCGCCUGGGUGAUAUUGAUGAUGGGUUGAGAUUACAUUUUUACAUGAUAGAUGAAAAAGGACAGAUCUAGAAUCCUUUGAAGGGGGGGACAGGGUAUAUUUUUCCAAGGGCCAAAGAAUUGUGAGGCUCACCACUUUGAAAUUGGCAGUCGUCGAAUCAAAGCCACUUCCAUGCAGUUCUUUCCCUGUAAAUUGGAAAUUGUCUCUUCCUUUCACAGGGAACGUUCCACCAAACUGCGAUAGUCCUUAGGCAUGAACAGAAGCAGCUAGCUAUGGCUGAAUCAGUGAUGGAUAUUACCAAAAAACUUGACCACUGAAGGUGCCCUUGAAAUUGUCCUCAUUGGGUCUAUGCAAUGAAGUUUUUGUUUGUGCGACAACGGUUUUUGAUACUUUUUUUGUAUUCAAUAGUUUGUGAUUGUCUCAUAUUCAAUUCUUGUUCUGCUUCAUGAAGAUAUCCUGGGUGCCCUUGUGGUUUUUAUGCUAGUGAGAAUUUAUAUGGUCGUAAGAAAAAGUCGAUGUUAUGCCAUGUAAAAAAAAAAAAGGGUGAUCAUCCUUUUUGCCCAUAAAUGGAAGGUAAGGGGAGGUGGAGUUUUGUUGUUUUUUGUGUAUGUGUGAGUAAUGUCCACAUGUGUUUAAAUGAUGGAAAUUCUAUGCAGGAUACAAAUACUAUACAGUUGAACGCUGAUAUUAAGAGGUUCUCGGGGCUUUAUCUAUUACCUUAUUAUAACAGGAACCUUGUACGUGUAUUUAUACUAUGUAUUAAGACUAAAAACCAAUGAAAAACAAAGAAAUGGGAAUGCACGAAUUCUCAGACCGAAGGGUAAGGUUGGAAUCAUUUCCCCCCUGUUUUGGGGGAAUAUAUAAAAACAAAGUGCGUCGGAGGAAUUUUGGAGGGUCAGGCGGGGAUGAUCACCAUUUUUUACGUGGCCUUAUUUGGGGAGAAAAUCUUCAAAUGUUGCAUUGAUUUGUGUACAGGCAGUUUCUUGAUGUUCUGCUGAUUCAUGUGUUCCACGUGGAUGAGCACAUGGAAUAAGGGGAGGAGCAACUCCUUCACAGAACUGUUUGAGUGAGCAAAGUCUGGGUUUACCGGUUCAGGAGAAAAAAAACUUGAAAAGGAAGAGUUCCCUCUCUGAGCAGUGGUUUCAAAUGAACACUUUUCUUCUUAAGGCUACCCCAGAAGGAACUUAAAACUGUGAAGAUUGUCA